AUGAAUGACUGUGUACAGUUUUAUUCCCGGAUAUUGACAGAACCUACUGUUUUCAAAGCUGAAUUUUCAAUAUGGAAAUCAAAGUGGCUUAAAGAAGAGUCACGCCCUAAUACAGCGAUUGAAGGGCUUGACAACAAUUGUAACAUACUUUUGUUUCCAAACAUAUGGAAACUAUUACAAGUCUUAGCCACUAUACCUAUGUCAACAGCGACACCAGAAAGAACAUUUUCUUCUUUAAAAAGAUUGAAAACGUAUCUUAGGAACUCGACUGGUGAAACUCGUCUCAACGGAUUAGCGUUAAUGUCAAUACACAGGGAAAUAAAUGUUGAUCCAGAAGAGGUGCUAAAUCGGUUUGCAAAACAGUCGAGGAGAAUGAUGAUACUUUGA